AUGACUAAAAAGCUUCGUACUCUUGAUAUUGAAGAUGUGAAUACAACUCAAAUGCAUGGAGAAACUUCAGUUCUGUUGUGCCUCGACACCAAAUAUAAGAAUUCAAAUGUUAGUGAUAGGCAAAUUACGCUGAAGACUGGGUUUUCUGCAGCUGUCAAGUCACUCAAUUGGUUUCAUAUUGUGGAAAAUUCAGCUAGUGAAUUGAAAUCAUCUGAAGCAAUGAUUGAGGCAUUUCCUGAGGAAAUCAGACAUGACAUCCUGUUCAGACUACCCAUCAAGUGUCUGAUCAGAUGCACCUCGGUGAGCAAGCCCUGGUUGUCCAUUGUCAAAAACUCUGGUUUUAUUCGCGCACAUCUCAGACAUCAACAUGAGGCUCUGAUUCUACUGCAUGGCAGCCGCUACGAUCAUUCCAGGCGUGAAGCAACAGAUGAGGUUUACUGUUUGCAUCGUGAUAACCCUUCUUUUGAUGAGUAUAGUGAGCUAGAUUUUCAGAUUGACUACAUGGUAGACCCAAUAAAUGGGUGUUUGCGUGUGGCUGGCACUUGUGACGGACUGGUGUGCCUCGCGGAUGAUAUCCUUUCUAAAGCUGUAAGCUACAUAAUUUGGAACCCAUCAAUAAGAAAGUUAGUGACGCUUCCCAGGCCUGGUUAUACCUUCACCACUCACGGUCCUUUUGAAGAUUCUGUUGGCUUCGGGUUUGAUGCUACGGCCAAUGACUACAAGGUUGUUCGGCUUGUCACUCUUGAGAUCCUUGAAAAUAAAGAUGUGAAAAGUCCAACUGUAGCAGAGGUUUAUUCACUAGCUACAGGCUUGGUACUGUUCUUCCUCCAUGCCAAAUAUAUGGUACAAGACCGCAUGCUUUUUUUUAACGGCAAUAUUCAUUGGGUUGUAAAUCAUUGGAAAGAUGCGGGUGGUGUACGCUAUUUCAUUUUGGCAUUUGAUCUGGUCAGUGAGUCAUUUCGCGAGAUAUUGAUGCCAAAUUGUGCCGAAUUGGGCUUCAAUUCUAAAUUGUCUGUUACGGGAGAUGGGAAUUAUCUUGCUUUAUUCACGAGGUAUGAGAAUGAUAUCAAUCAUCUUGAUAUUUGGGUUAUGAAGGAGUAUUGCCAGCAUGAGUCCUGGACCAAAAUGAUGACUCUCGCUCGACAAGGUCCAGAAGGAAGUAUGAUAUUUUGUUUUAGAAAGAGCGGUGAAGUACUUUUCACAGUAAGAGGACCAUAUUACCGUGAGACUCAAACAUUUGUUUCACUUGAUCCUGUGAGUCAACGAAUGAACAAUGUUGGUACUCUUGAUUGUGUCUGUUAUUCUCUUGAUUCUUAUGAAGAGAGUCUGGUUUUACUCGACGUGGAUAAUGCAGUUUCUUGUUGAGGAAAAGAACAGGUGUCGACAUGAAACAGAAAGAUCUAAUAAC